AUGAAUCCAGAGGCCAAGACCGAAGGUAUUGUCAAGACAUGGCCAUGGACCAAUACUCAAUCAAGACUGGCCAGCUCCGGGUAUAAGUUGGCACUCGCACCUCUGGCCAGGACCAAAAUUGAGUGGAUCAGCCGACCGAGUUGUUCGCUCCAUACCGAUGCAACUCAUCAGUCCAGCCCUUAUGACAACAACAUCGAAGCAGCUACCAUUUGA